AUGCCUCGCGGAAACGACAUGACCACCAAAGUCUUCUACCAGGGCAAGGCUGACGACUUUGUCAUCUUCGUCGAUGACGUCUCGGCUGCCCAGAAAUGGCGCAAAGACCAUACUAUUCCCCUUGCACAGGUUGUGUCGGGCUGGAAGGUCUUUGUGACGCACAAGCAAGGUGCUCAGGGUAUCCUCGACGGAGCUAGCAAUUUCGUGCUCGAGAACGAGUUUGGCACGACCCGGGAGGAAGAUGUCGUGCAGCAGAUUCUGGAAAAGGGAGAGAUCCAGGAAGUAACGAGUGCCGAACGGUCAGGCAAACGCAAUGAGUCGAACGGCGGCAACUAUACCAACACAUUCCAGGUUUAG